AUGGCCUCUAUCUUACUGUGGAAUGCCAGAGGAAUUAAAAACAAACAAGAAGAAAUAAGAUAUAAGACCCUUAAAUCUAAUAACCCGGAUAAUUGUGGUGGUAUUGCGAUCAUAGUUAGAAACGGUAUUGAAUUUGAAGUCAUGGAAGACUGGAAAUUUAACUCGCCAAACAUAGAAGCUAUAGGUAUUAGUCUAAAAGGCACUACAAAUAAUUAUAAUCUUAUUGCAGUCUAUAGAAAACCUUACGGCGUUAACAAUAUUUCAAUCUGUAUGAGUUACGUAUGGAAUAUGAUGAGGGUUUUCAAAAACGUACAGAAAAAAAUUAAUUGGAACUCCUGGCAACACAAAAAUAGAGAGCAAGAGAUUAAAAACACUAUAGAUGAACUUGCCCCUCCGUGGGUGGAAGAAGAAAAUAGAAUCAAAUUGUUUAGUUACUCCACAGAAGAUAAUGAUAUGAACAAAGAAUUUAAUAUGGAUGAGUUUCAACGGGCGAUUCACAUGAUUAAACGAGACUCAGCUCCGGGCUUGGAUAGUAUUGAUUACCAGAUGUUGAAGAAUUUGCCUUUGGAAAAAUGCCCUGCGGGCAUCUCCAACUUUAUAAUUAAAUGGCUGGAGCCACGAUCGACAACUUUUAUAAUUAACAACCAAAAAGUAGUAGUUAGAAAAGUUUACAAGGGUUUACCACAGGGGGCUGUUUUGAGUCCCAUCUUAUACGCCUUGUACACAAACAAAUUAACGAAUAAUUUGGUUAGUGGAACGCAAGUAGUGCAAUUUGCCGACGAUAUAGCAAUAUAUGUGCAACACACCAGUAGACUGAAUAAUAGGCUUAAUUUGGAAACGGCGGUAAACAGAAUGGCUAGUAAUUUAGAGUUAUUGAAUCUCAGUUUGUCUCCGCAGAAGACAAAUUUAGUAGAAUUUUCCAAGUCAGGAUACCUCGAUAGACAACUUUAUAUCACAGUUAAAAAUACUAAAAUUUUCAAUAACCAAGGCGCCAGAUUUCUUGGAAUCUGGCUAGAUAAUAGAAUUGAUUUCAAUAAACAUAUUAUGGAUAUAAGAGGUAGAGUAAACAAAGCUAAUAAUUUAAUGAAAUACUUGAGUAAUGUUUCGAGAGGAAUAGAGGUAAACACUGCCCUAAUACUAUACAAAAGUUUGGUAAGAUCUGUCAUAGACUAUGGUUUGUUUAUUUAUUACCCCUGUCAGAAAUCUACUCAACUUAAAUUAGAGAGAUGCCAAUUCCUUGGGAUACGCACGGCUCUUGGCUAUCGAAACAGCACACCGAACAAUGUCAUUAUCGCGGAAUCCAAGGUUGUUCUGAUAAAAGAUAGAGCGAAAAUGCUCGCUAAAAACUUUUGUAGUAAGAUAUACAAGUAUGGUGAAAGUUCUGUCAGAUUAAGCUUGGAUGAUCUAAAAAGCAAGGAACUUUUUGCAAGAUAUAGAAAUCCGUCUUUUGUUAAAAGCAUUAUUGGCGAAGCAUGGGAUUAUAUAUGUCAAAUGCGUAAUAAAUUAGGAAAUAAAGAAGACAUUUUCGAAAUUUGGAAAUAUGAUUACAGAACGUUAACAGAUUCGAUAGCGAUAGAUUAUGAGGCCGGACUUUCUGUUAAAGCUACAGGAAAAAAGCGCAAGAAUAAUAUUAAUACCAUUAAAGGCUAUAAUGCCGCGGAUCGUAAUUUAAUCAGUACAAUUAAGAAUAAAUAUAACUUUAAUAAUAACUCAUGCGUAGUGUAUACUGAUGGAUCAAAGUCUCCGCAGGCUCAGUCAGUGGGCGCAGGUAUAGUUUUCGAGGAUCAAGAUGAAGGCUUAUACAUUAGCCUUCCAAAACAGUGUACAAUAUUCACAGCCGAAGCAAUGGCAAUUCUUUCUGCCAUGAAGAUUGCGGAAAGUAAGGCUGAUUCCUUUGAAAAUUUCAUUAUUCUUACGGACGCGAAAUCUGUUCUACAAGCCAUAAAUAAUAAUGUACUUAGCGUUUAUCAUAAUAAAUAUAUACUCGAAAUUAGAAGACUGCAUAGUCGUUUUAAAAACGUUUUGUCAAAAAAAAUAAUGUUCGUAUGGAUUCCUUCUCACUGUGGCAUAUCGGGUAACGAAAUCGCCGAUUGGCUAGCAAAAGCGGGCGCUGAUGAACCUGCGGACACUCUUAUUGAAGUUCCAAUUAGCGACUGUAGAAGUUUGUUUAGGGAGGAAGCAUGGAAUGACACACAAGUUAUAAUUGUCAGGGAAGCCUCAUUUAAAGGUGUUCAUUAUUUUAAAAACUAUUAUGAUAAAGAUAGUAAAAGUCCUUGGUUCCUCCCAUUUAAUGAAGAUAGAUAUUUUGUAACAAUGAUUAACCGUUUAAGAGCGAACCAUUACAAUUUAAACGCCUCUUUAGCCAGAAAAGGAUACAUAGAAGACGCUAGAUGUGUUUGUGGAUAUGAAGUCGAAGACUUUGAUCACGUGGUGUGGCGGUGCCAUCGAUACGAUGAAGCAAGAAUGAGAAUGGGAGACAUUCUACGUAGUAAAGAGCUGGAAGGAGUUGAAAGUAUAUCUGACAUGCUGAAGCGGGAAAAGUGGGAGAAGAUUAGAGUCAUAUUUAAUUUUAUCAAGAAAUUGGGAAGGAUUAUUUAA